AUGGGCGCGCACAUGCAAGAUGCGCUGGUACUCCUGCCGGAAAAGCAGAUCUACCCCUUCAGUUGGGUGGAUGAUGCGAACAAUGCUUCCGUCUGUCAGGCAGCGUGGGAGAACCCUACCUUCGAUCCAGAGGAGUGUAAGCGAUUGAUGGAGGUGGAAGCCUGGCCUAGUUACUUCAUUACAUCCUGGGUCUUCUGGUCAAACCUCACGGUCUUAUUCAAUAAAUGGAUAUUAGACUCGACGGAAUUCACGAUCCUUCUCACGACAUGGCACCUUAUAUUCGCUACCGUGGUCACUCAAGUUCUGGCCCGGACAACGACAUUCCUGGAUGGCCGGAAGAAUAUCGAAAUGAAUAGCCGACUGUAUGCACGCACCAUGGUUCCCAUUGGUCUGCUAUAUAGCGGCAGCCUUGUCUUCGGGAAUAUCGUCUACCUCUACCUCAACAUAUCAUUUAUUCAGAUGCUGAAGGCCGCCGGACCAGUCGUCACCCUCCUCGUCAGCUGGUCAUGGGGGGUAGCAACCCCUUCAAUGGAGGUACUAAUUAACAUCCUAAUCAUCACAUGCAGUGUUGGCCUUGCCGUAUCAGGUGAAAUCCAGUUUUCAUUACUCGGCAUAUUCUACCAAAUGGCGAGUCUCGUCUGCGACGCGAACCGUCUCGUAAUGAUGCAAAUUCUGCUGUCUGAAGACGGUCAGAAAAUGGACCCGCUCGUCAGUCUCUACUAUACCGCGCCGGUCUGCGCUGUUAUGAACUCGAUUAUUGCUUGGAAUACGGAGCUCAGGGAUUUUCACUGGAGUGUUGUCCCUAACACUGGCUAUUUGACGCUGUUGGCCAAUGCUGUGGUGGGAUUCAUGCUCAAUGUUUCGAUCUUUGUCCUCAUCGGAAAGACGUCGGGAUUGACGACGACACUUGUCAGUAUCCCAAAGAAUAUUCUGCUUAUCGUUGCCUCUGUUGUGCUUUGGCAUACGCAUGUGAGCACAAUUCAGAUCGUGGGAUAUUCGAUUGCUUUGCUUGGAUUAGUGUACUACUCACUUGGGUGGAGGACGAUCAAAAGUAGUAUAGAAAACAUUAAGGCUUGGAGGAAGGAUCCUGCGAGAGCUUGCUGUGGGACAAUAUUAUUCGCUGCAUACGUAGGAGCUUUGUAUAACGUCUACACCAUAUUUGCCUACUUUAAAGGAUCGUCCAUGCACCAUUUCCUCAUGCAAGGUUUGGAACCCUAA